UUACGUCAAACGUAAUUGGUUGGACACCGGCCACGUGACCAUCCUCAACCGGAGUUUCAACGACAGCUGAGUAGCAACUAACCGCGACAUUAUUUAUUUUUAAAUGGUAACGUUUGAUCCAUUAGACCACACGGACGGCAACUUGUGUAUGAUGGGUGACAAGAAGAGUCCCACGAGGCCGAAACGGCAGACGAAGCAGCCGCCAGCCGACGAUGGCUAUUGGGACUGUAGCGUCUGCACCUUCAGGAACACCGCCGAGGCGUUCAAGUGCACGAUGUGCGAUGUCAGGAAAGGGACGUCAACUCGAAAACCACGGCCCGUUUCCCAGUUGGUCGUACAGCAAGUAAAUCAGCAAUUUGCGCCGCCGCCCACGCUGCUUAGAAAGGAGAAAAAAGACAAAUCGGAGAAGAGCGACAGAGAACUCGCACUGAGGAAGAAAAGCGGAAAAAAGAUGAGACCAAGGCUAAAAAACGUGGACCGGAGCAGCGCUCAGCAUUUGGAGGUUACGGUCGGUGACCUGACGGUAAUAAUCACAGACUUUAAGGAGAAAGCCAAACCUACGUCUACUUCCGCCGGCGCCGCAGCCGCCGACAUACACAAUCAAAGCGGCUCGAGCUCCGACAACACUGAGCGAGGAGCGUCGCGGUGCUCCUCUCCACGGGGGGAGGGCUCGUCCGUCAGCGGCGAUGCUCACUAAUCCUCGGAUUUCCCAAUACGGCAAAAGCCAUUCUAAUGCACUCAACCAGAGAUUGACAUGCAUGUUUUGUUAGUUAAUACUAUAACUACCCUUGUGUUAGAUUUGGCUUCCAUGUUCGGGUGUUUUGAUGAUACUUCUGGUACAGCCAAAUCGAACACGAUAAAGUGAGCAAAUGAACAAUAAGUAGCACAUGGUGGCAACAUCUUACUGGUGGUGGUGGCUGCAAAGAACAAGUGAUGCAUUAAGAAGACAAUGUGAAGUUUAUUUCAUGUUGUAGUUUACGCUAGAAAUUUUGUUAUUUGCACUUGAAUGGCAUUUUAUGUUCACGAUGAUAUUUUUUUUUGUGCCCCCUUGUCAUUAUUAGUCAGUCAUACCACUCUUUGCUUCUGGCCUUAUCUGCUCUCAUCUUUGGAUGCAAUAAAUGUUUCCUAACAUUAAGUAAGAACUAUUGAACUGUUUACUUUUUCACUUUAGAUCUGAGCAUGAUUAAUCUAUGGAAUGGUUUAUAUUGUAAAAUACUGUGAAUUAAAAUAAAUGUACAUUCUUGUUUGA